AUGGCGAAGGUCUUUCCAGAGCUGCGGCUGGUUGUCUUGGAACUGGAGGAGCCCCUCUACCUGGAUCUGGCUGCCAGAGAGCUGGGCUUGCAGGCCAGCGACAUGGACGUGUCGCGGCUCGAGGACUUCGUGGAGAGCCGUGGUGCUGAGCGCCGCAAGUGCGAUGCUCUACACUGGUCGUUGGACACACCGCACUUCUCUUUCUACAGGUACCGCGAAGUGUUCUAUUCUCGGCCCUACAUUUUGGCACUGUACAACCUGCAGGGUUGCAACAGCCCUUGGAAGCUGGACGGGGUCCCCACCGACAGGUACUACUGUGAAUACCAGUAUCAGACCUUCAGGGCAACGAUCUGUGGGAAGGUAGACGUGGAUCAGUUUGCCGAGAUAAGUGGCCAGGACGUGUAUUUCCCAACUGUGGCUUCCGGCUGCGGGCAAAACCUUUGUUUCUGCCAUGCUCAUUCAGACGCCUUCUACGACUUCAACCUUGAGUUCUUGUGCAGGGAGGGAGAGCCGGUGCAAUUCGCCAGUCAAUGGAGUCAAGACUAUUUCUUAGUGCACAAUGUGUUUGGGGAGGAGACGCGGGGCCGGGGUGUGUAUGUGGAUGUUGGCUCAUCCCACCCGUUCCAUCUGUCGAACACGGCCUUCGUGGACAGCUGCAUGGGUUGGCAAGGUUUGUGCUUGGAGCCGAAUCCGCGCUUGAAGCAUAUGAUCCAGGGCCUCCGUGGCUGCCAAGUUGUGGAUGCCUGCGCAUGGGCCAACGAGACCACAAUGAAAUUCGCGAACGGCUUGGAGCUGGCUGCGCGGACGGACAAAGCCGAGCUGAAGCCGAGCCUGCCCGGCGAGAUCUCUGAGGACUUGUGGGUUUCGGAAACGUUCUUCGAGGCUCGCUGCGCGCCUCUCCACCAGCUGCUUCUGGAAGGCAUGGCCAAGCUGCUGAAGCCAGGAGAUCUCCAGGAUGUCCUUCGCGAGAAACAGAGGCCACGCAUCGACCUCAUCUCUGUAGAUGCCGAAGGUGCCGAGAUGGAGAUCUUCAGGGACUUCCCGUUUCAAUCUUGGGACAUCCGCUGCAUCAUCGUGGAAACAAGUCGGAGGACCUCCAUGGCCUUGGACAGCUUAUUCUUGCCACAGGGCUUUGUGAAGGUGGCUGUUCUGGGUAAGGAUGCCAUCUAUUUGAGCACGAGCCAGCUGAAGACAUACCCCAUCAGUGGGCAGCUGCAUCUGCCGACAGCCAUUUACUGGAAUGAGCCCGGCUCGGACUCGGAGUUUACCGAUUACGUGCGUUUCCAGCGAUUCUUCGGCCUGGACGGCGACCUGGACGAGGACGUCGGCGAUCAGAGGCUCCUGAACGAGUCGGAGCUGGAGCGCCAGGCCGUGCGCCAGGAGGCCAAGAACCAACGCUCCCAGCAGGAGGCCCUGGAGGUUGCGCAAGGAGCCUUCAUCCGCUCUAUCCUUUCCGAGGAGCAGAAACAGCUCGUGCAGCAAGAGGGCAUCAAGGAGAUUUUCCACGAUCCUUUCGUUCGCAAAGCUCUCAUGCGCCUGCACCAAGAUCCGGACGUUUUUUGGGAUGAGCUCCGGGCGAGCUCCCGAUUGAAGGCACACGUCAAGCAGCUCUGUGACCUCGACUUGGUGGAGCAUUCGGAGCUUUGCCUUGCUUUGACCUAG